CGCUUGGGCAGUUUCGGUUUUCGCAGCGACUGUGCGCGGAGGCCGGGUUCGUGGCGCGCCUGCAGUAGGGUUCUGGGUCCCGGCCGCGAGAUGAGGAACCUGGGGCCAUGAGAGGUGAAAUGAUGAGUUACUCGAGUCACACAGCUAAUUAAGUAGCAGAGCUGGAAUUAGAACUCAGGUUUCCUGCCUCUCAAGAUUGUUGAAAUGAGUCUGCGGAAGCAAACCCCUAGUGACUUCUUAAAGCAAAUCAUCGGAAGGCCAGUUGUGGUCAAAUUAAAUUCGGGAGUGGAUUAUCGAGGGGUCCUGGCUUGCCUGGAUGGCUAUAUGAAUAUCGCCCUGGAGCAGACAGAAGAGUAUGUAAAUGGACAACUGAAGAAUAAGUAUGGGGAUGCAUUUAUCCGAGGAAACAAUGUAUUGUACAUAAGUACACAGAAGAGAAGGAUGUGAAGACACCGAGGAAGCAAUUUUUUUCAUAGUCGGAAUAUAUUUUUUAUGAAAUGUUUUCUAUUUUUUGGUUUUUUUGUGAUGUAAGUUGUCCUGACUUCAUAAUAGUUGGUGAUUUUUUUCACUGGCAUGUGAGUAAUGUGAUUGUGUAAAAUUAUGGAUUGAACUAUAAAGACUUUUUCACAUUUAA